AUGCAGCAUGCGUUAUCUUCUCUACCACCAGGUUUUCAGUUCUUCCCCUCAGAGGAAAUUCUCCUCAACUACUACUUGAUCAACAAGAAUCAAGGUCAGGAUUUCGAUGGUGCUAAUUUGAUCACAGAACUGGAGCUUUUUGAAUAUGACCCGUUCGACUUGCCUGACUCUACAAGCUUUGCUUAUGAUCAUAGAGGGAGGAAGAGGCAUUGGUACUAUUUCACCGAAAGAGAUAUGCAUAGGAACAAGAUGACUAUGAGUGGCUUCUGGCUUAGGGAUGGAAGGGUUCAGAUCCCUUCUAGUGGCGCUGGAAAUGUGGUUUUGGGCACCAGGACCAGCUUCAUUUUCCACACCGGAAAAUCCAUAAAAAAUGUUGCAAGGACCAAUUGGACUCUUUAUGAGUAUGCCCUGGCUGAUCAUCAGACAGUUUAA